UUAUUUUUAAGUUGUUGUUUUGUUGCAUCUCUAGUUUAAUCGUUAAUUUGUUUUGAUACUAUUAUCUGAUAUUUAAAAAAAAUGGUGAAAUAUAGAGGUGGGAGAUCACAAAGAAUAAUGGAUGCAUGUCGUCGCCUAUCAUUUGAAUCUGGAACUCAUUCUGUUCAACACACAGUCGAUGAACAAACCCUUAAUUUGAUUUCUCUACCAGAACCUUGUUCAGUAGAGAUCCCAGCAAAAAGAACUGAUAUUAAUGCUGACGAAAUACCCGUCUCUAAGCCUGUAUCUAACGAAUACCAUACAUCCUACAACUCCUUAGAUAAUCCUGGUGAUGAUGGCUCUGUCCUUUUAUCUGUAGAAAUGGAUGAACAACUGGUAGAGGACAUAUACAUCCAAGAUGAUCAUCCAUCGGGCAGUUACAAGGAUGAAAUUGAUAUUGAAGUCCUUACAGUUAGUGGUGAAGUGUCGAAAUUGCACAACACAAUGCUACAAUAAAAGAAAAUUAUAUUCAGUCAGAGCACUCAAUGAGUGAACAUGAUAAUAAACGAGAUGAUGAAACUAAAGAGACACUGUCAGAUGAAAAUAGAACACACACAUUCAA